AUGUCGGACGAGCAGGAGGACAUCGGUCUCUCCACGACCACCAACGACGAGCUGCGCCUCUGCGGGAUGACCGGAGACGACGAGGACGAUGUCGCUGGGGAUGCCGAGGAGCUCUUCGGCCGUCGUGCUGCUGAGGAACUCUACGGCCGUACUGCUGCUGACCCACUUCCCGUCUUGUGUUUUCUUCUUUGUGAUUUCAGAUUCAUCAGAUUUCAAGUUUGUUUUUGA